AUGUCGGCAAAAUUUAAUCAAGCAUAUUCAGAAUUAAUCCGGAAACUACCACCCUCACUAGUGCACGAGACUUGGAAACGUCUUAUUUUCAGAAAGCGGGAUCCAAUACCAGAAGAAGAUGCUAGUGCUGUAAAUCCAUUAAUAGAAGCAUUUUUAAGACAUGAAGUUAAUAGACAGGUUGGUGAAUUGUUGCGUGAAAAACUUUUUUAUCGAAAACUAUUCCAGAUUAAUCGGGAUGAUAGAAAGGCGCUCAAAUUUAAACUUGAUACCUUAAAAAAGGCAGAAAAUAAACGGUUAAUGCAAAAACAUCUUUCUGAAUGGGACUAUAAAACACGAGAAGCAAAAGGUUUAACGAUUAAAGUUCCAAUGCCUAAUUCACCUGAUUUCUCAUCAUCUUUUUACUCAGAUUCUAGCGAUACUGGAAGUCUAACAGGAGGUAUGCGCCAAAAAUUUGAUACAAUCCAUAGACAUAGUAGAAGAACUAGUAAUAUUUUAGGCGAUAUUGAAGAGGAAUUACAUUCUAGCAACAAUGAGAAUAGUGGAAAUUCAUCAAACUCCAUAAUAAUAAUUAUUGAAGGUACGUCUAAUACUGAUAUACCGCCCCUAUUUAAUGACUCGAAUUCUUCUUCUAGUUCAGAUGAUGAGGAAAUUCGAAGUUCUUCUUCAGAUGAUGAUAUUCAUGCACAUUAUGAAGAAUCACUAGAAGUAGAUUCAGAUCCAUUAUCAGAAGAAUUUGUUUUUCUUCUUCCGAGAACAGUUGCGGGAAUUAUGUCCGGUUCUAUUGCAAUUGGAACAUCUAUGACGAGAUGA